GUUUGUUCUGCGUGAUGUCGGACUGACGGCGGGAUAAUUGUGUUGUUGCCCUAACAGCUAAGAGCUAACAGAUUAGCUUCAUUUCUCCGGUUAAAGCUUCGGGACUGCAGUCCAAUGGGAGACAGCGAUGACGAGUUCGACAGGAGGAGGCGGGACAAGUUCAGGAGAGAGAGGAGCGACAUGGAGCGGUCGAGAGAGCGAGAGGAGAGGAGGAGGGACGACUGGCCCGACAGGGACUGGGAGCGCGGCAGAGAGCGGAGGAGGGAUUACGACCGCGGCCGCAGAGAGAGGUUUUCUCCUCCUCGACACAUUAGCCCGCAACACAAGCGCAUGAGGCGAGACUGGGACGACCACCGGGGGGAGCCCUACCGCUACGACCUGCCCUAUGGAGGAGGGGGGGGAGGAGGAGGAGGCGGGGGAGGAGGGGGGCCUUUCCCAGGAGCAGGGCCUCAAGGCUGGCACCCCGACCUGCCGCACCUGCACCCUCAUCAUGGAGGCCACCCGCUGCAGGGACGGUUGGGGAUGGUGGAUCCAGAUCUGCCUCCUCCUGGUCCUCCAACCAUGAGGAGCUUUAAGGAGUUCCUGUUGAACAUGGAGGACAGCGUUGACGAGACGGAGUCAGUGAAACGUUACAAUCAAUACAAACUGGACUUCAGGCGGCAGCAGCUUCAGGACUUCUUCCUGCAGCACAAAGACCAGGAGUGGUUCCGCUCCAAAUAUCAUCCUGAUGACAUCACGGCGAGGAAGACGGAGUCGCUGUCCGCCCUCAAGACCCGCCUCAGCGUCUUCCUCUUCCUGCUGGACAACAGCUGGCUGGACAACGUGUCUCUGGACAUGGACCACGCUCCCGCCAUCAUCAAGCUGCUGGACGCAGCCGUGAUAAAGAUGGAGGGAGGCACAGACCUGGACCUGCAGGUGCUGGAGGUGCCGAGUGCUUCUGCUGCUGGGAGCAGCGGGGAGACGAGCGGAGCAGGAGGAGGAGCAGCAGGAGCAGCAGGAGGAGCAGGAGGAGCAGGAGGAGCAGGAGAGAAGAGUCAGAGCGAACCCAGCGCAGGAAACAGCAACACUCAGAGCGUCGCUGAGACGAGCAGCAGCCGGAUGGACGAGACGAGCAGCGGAGAGACGGAGGAGACGAAGGACACGGAGAAGGGCAGCGAGGAAGAAGCCAAACAGAACGGAGAGAAGGAGAAAGACGAGGGGGAGGAGGACGACGAGGAGGAGGAGGAAGAGGAGAAGAAAGAUGAAGAGGAGGAGGAGAAGACGACAAAGAAAGGCAGGAAGAGGAAACGCAGCGUGUCAGCUGACAGCGGCGAGGGCAGCGCCUCCGACUCUGACUCCUCCCACUCUGACGGAGAGAAGGAGGAAGAGGAGGAGAAGGAGGAAGAGGAGGAGGACGGAGAGGACGGUACGGCGGUCAAACGUUAUCAGUCAGAUCUACACAAGCGACGUAAAGAGCGAGGGAAGGAGAGAGGGAAGGAGAGAGGGAAGGAGAGGGAGAAGGAGAGAGAGAAGGAAGUUCCAGUUAAGCCCCGCCCCCUCCACCUCACCACCUCACUGUUCAUACGAAGCAUCCCACCUGAGGUUUCUAAGGAGGAGAUCACUGCUUUGUGUCGCAGGUAUCCGGGCUUCCUGCGGGUGGCGCUGUCCGACCCUCAGCCUGAGAGAAGGUUCUUCAGACGCUGCUGGGUGACGUUUGACCGCAGUGUGAACAUCAAGGAGACCUGCUGGAACCUGCAGAACAUCAGGCUCAGAGACUGUGAACUGUCUCCGGUGGUGAACAGAGAUCUGUGUCGACGGGUUCGUAACGUCAACGGUCUGACGCACCACAAGCCGGUGGUGAGGAACGACAUCCGCCUCUCCGCUCGACUCGUUCACAGCCUGGAUCAGAAGGGGGAGCUGUGGGCCGGACAGAUGGAGACUAACCCGGUCCUGAAGAACAUCACAGAUUAUCUGAUCGAGGAGGUGAGCGCUGAGGAGGAGGAGCUGACCGGAGCGUCGGGAGGAAACAGUGACGAGGUGGGGGGCGACGCCAAAGACCCCGCCUCCUCUUCCUCCUCUGAGGUUACCGUGGAAACGGACGAAAAGCUGCUGAAGGUGUUGGACAGGCUGCUGCUCUACCUGCGUCUGGUCCACUCUGUAGAUUAUUAUAACUUCUGUGAGUAUCCUGCUGAGGACGAGAUGCCUCACCGCUGCGGACUCAUCCACGUACGAGGACCCCUACCUGUGGCCAAGAUCACUGCAGCAGAAGUGAGUGAACAUCAGAGGAUGUGUGAGGAGCGUCUGGCUCCUCUGCUGUCGCCCUCGGAGACGCUGAGCGAAGAAGAAGCUUCAAGACUGGGAAAGAAGGAGCCGGAACAGGAAGUGGAGAAGUUCCUGGCAGCAAACACUCAGGAGCUCAGUAAAGAUAAGUGGCUUUGUCCUCUGAGUGGGAAAAAGUUUAAGGCUCCGGAGUUUGUGCGUAAACACAUCCUGAACAAACACGGCGACAAAGUGACCGCCGUCAGACAGGAAGUGGAGUUCUUCAACCACUUCCUGUUGGACGCCAAGAGACCCGCUCUACCUGAGAACAAGCCCCUCCCCCCACCGGCACAAGCUCCUCCGUUGGGGAUUCCCUCCUUUCCCGGUCAGUCACAGCAGCAGCAAAGCCUGCUGGGAUAUCCACCUGGAGUCAGACCGCCCAUGCCCAACUUCCCCGGUGGUGGUCCUCACUACCCUCCCAACCAGUUUGGGGCGGGGCGCGGUAACUAUGACAACUUCAGAGGUCAUUUAGGAGGAGGAGGAGGAGGAGGAGGGUUUCCCGGGAAACAACGAAACAACAGGGGUGUGCGAGGUGACCCGCGGUCGAUCAUCGAGUACAGAGACCUCGACGCUCCGGAUGAUCUCGACUUCUUUUAAACAGGAAGUGAAACUACAAGAUGUUUUUUUUUUUUUCUUUUUUUUUAAAAAUAAACUUUUUUAUUCCUACAUUUCCCACAAUUCCUUUCACCUUCCCUCCAUCAUCUGUGUUAGGGUUUUUAUCUUUUCCUUUUUUUGAUUUAGGUGUGUGUGUGUGUGUGUGUGUGUGUGUGUGUGUGUGU